UUAAGUCGUGCUUUCAUUCAGUACAUUUUUGGAAGUCCAUUGGUUGAUGAAUUUUUAGAGUGGAACAAGGAUACCUUUUCCCCAGAUGAACAUUUUUGGGCAACCCUGGUCCGUAUGGCUGGGGUUCCAGGUGAGGUUCCAAGGACUCAAGGAGAUAUAACGGACCUUGACAGCAAAACUCGUCUGGUGAAGUGGAGCUAUCUCGAGGAAAGCCUUUAUCCACCAUGCACUGGCACUCAUGUUCGCAGUGUUUGCAUUUAUGGAGCUGCAGAGUUAAGAUGGCUUCUUACUUCAAAACAUUGGUUUGGCAAUAAAUUUGAUCCAAAAAUAGACCCUGUUUUAAUUAAGUGUUUAACUGAAAAGAUUGAAGAACAACAGAAAGAAUUUGUUUCUUUAUCAUUAACAUGA